CGGCCGAGAACUAUGUCAAGCUGCAGUCCUGCAAGCCGAUGCUCUACUUGACACAUGAUGCUGCAACGUGACCGACUAUCGGAAGCUCUUACAUCGCAUUACAGGCUCGCCUAGGGUACGAGUAUACCUGUGACACGCCCAGAACACUUUCUGCAUGACCAUCUGCAUAGUUCCUGAGGCUCCGGCUAAGUGAUUUUGGCUGUUUCGAAAGGUAGAUCUCGAAAUUUGUUCCCAGGCCUAUAAGAAUGCUCUCCAAGUGCUUCCCCGCUGUGGCCUGUUAUCUUGUUCUUUUUCCAUCUCCAAUACAACGAAAAAUAUGUGGUCAAGAUCAUCAAAAAGUCUUCUCGCGUUAUCCUUCGCCGGCCUAGCGCUGAGCACACCUAUUCUGCCUAGGUACACUAACUCGACCAGUUCUGGCGUUGUGUGCAAUGGCACUUUCUCUCGCAUAUCAGCUCAGACUUGGGUGGACGGCAUGAAUCCAGGGUGGAACUUGGGCAACACUCUGGAUGGCAUACCUGACGAAGGAGAUUGGGGUAACCCGCCCGUGGUAACCUCGACUUUCGACGAUGUGAAGCAAGCUGGCUUCAAAGGCAUUCGACUGCCAGUAACUUGGGCAUAUCAUUUCACCACUGAAGCUCCUGAUUAUGAUGUCGACCCAGCCUGGCUCCAACGAGUAUCUGACGUCGUCGACAUGGUUACUGAGCGUGACAUGUAUGUGCUUGUCAACGUUCAUCACGACUCAUGGGUAUGGGCCGAUGUCACCAAGGCUGGGGCCAACUAUACUCAAAUAGAGGAAAAAUUCUAUCGCCUUUGGUAUCAAAUUGGUACUAAGCUGGCAUGCAAGUCGAGCUUAUUGGCUUACGAGCCCAUCAACGAACCACCUGGCACGACAGCUGCACAUGCUGCCGAGCUCAAAAAGCUUGAAGACUUGUUCUUGAAGGCUAUCACCGACGCCGGUGGUUUCAACCCGGACCGUGUGGUAACUCUCAAUGGUCCCCAGGAAAAUAGUGAUCUGACUUCUCAAUACUUCGUUCGUCCAACCAACAUCACCAAUCCUUGGGCUAUUCAGUAUCACUACUAUUCGCCAUACCCUUUCAUCUUCUCUGCUUGGGGUAGCACUAUCUGGGGUUCUGAGGCUGACAAAGCUGCUCUCGAAGCAGACAUCGCCAACAUUCGUAAGAACUUCACCGACGUGCCGUUAAUAAUUGGUGAAUGGGCUGCGUCUCCAGUCGCUACCGAAACUGCCGCUCGCUGGAGAUACUUUGACUUCUUUGUCCGCACAGCUGCCAAGUAUAAUACGACGACUGUACUUUGGGACAAUGGCGCAGACUUCUUGGACCGCGCAAAUCAUGUCUGGCGUGAUCAGACUGCAAUCGACAUUUACAUGUCUGCUGUCGCAGGUCAAGCCAAUGCACUUCCCGACAGUACCACUGAUCCGAGCGCUGCUACUCAGUUUACCAGCGCUGAUCUCUUCGUUCGUGUCGGUCAGAACGUGUCCUCGCAGACACUACCUUACAUCUUGCCUUCCAAUAUCUCGCUGAUUUCUAUCUCGGGAGCCGAUGGCACAGCACUGACUAAAGGUAGCGACUACUCUGUUUCCGGCGACGACAUCACGUUCUCGGCUUCUUUCCUGCGCACAUACUUUACUUCAAGCACCAGUCCUGGCUCUGUCACCAAUCUGACCCUCGACUUUUCCAGCGGUGCUGACUUGACCUUGAACCUUGUCCUCUGGGAUACACCCGUGUUGAGCAGUACAUCAAGCUCAGCCGCAGCAGCGAACGGUUCCAGCAUUUCCAUACCAAUCCAAUGGAAGGGCAUCAACAAGCCCGCAACUGUCAAAGCUGUGACUGCCAAUGGUACAUACUUGGUCGACGACUUCACCUCCUACUACGGGCCUCUCCAGAAUGCUAGAACAACCUACAACUCGCAGUGGAAUUGGGAUACUGACAAUGUAAUCAUUACGGCUGCUGCUGUUAGUGCUGUACAGGCUUUGGGUCAAGAUGUCAUCUUCACGUUCGAGUUUUAUCCCAGGGUGCCUGGUAAUUCUGUCAGCUACACAUUGACUGUCUGA